AUGCUUUUCAUUACAGUUAGUGUUAGUGUUAGGAAGAGCUUCUUUGGACUUAGUACAUUGAUGAUGGUUCUAAUGUGUUAUGCCUUGGCGGGUGUUGUUCUUUUCGGAAAUGUAAAAUGGGGGGAAGGAAUUAACCGACAUACUAAUUUUGAGUCAGCCGGACAAGCCAUGCUGGUACUAACAAGAAUUAUGACUGGUGAAGACUGGUACAAAAUAAUGAAUAAUUGUAUGAUCACAACGCCCUAUUGUACCACCACACUAGAAAAUGGAAGAAGAAUUUCUGAUUGUGGCAAUUAUGCUGCUGCUAUUAUUUAUUUUAUUUCAUUUUACGUAAUUGUUUCAUUUAUGUUUGUGAAUUUGUUUAUUGCUAUUGUCGUGGAAAACUUCUCGCUAUUUUACUCUGAUGAAGAAGAAUCAUUGCUUAGUCAAAAGAAUCUUUAUAAUUUUCAAACAACUUGGAAUCUUAUUGAUAGAAAUAGAAAGGUACAUCCUUUUAAUCAUGAACAUUUCUAA